AUGCGGAGGUACGAGCUACUCUUGUUCACCAUAGUUCCAAAUUUUUUCUUCCUUUAUAGACAAUCUCGAUUUCUGAAUGCCCUAUGUUAACAUUUUGCAAAAAUUUCUUGCAUAAUCUUUGUGAUUAAGCCAGAGUGUAAGAAAGGCUUCAUACAACCAGAAUCUUCCUUGAUAUGACGACAAUACAUGUAUUAACUCAAGAAAUUUGUGCCGACAGUCCUUUAAUAUGAGAGAACUUUUCAGGCUCGCACUGGGAAAACUUUCUAAAUCUCAAACAACAAGUUUAAGAAGAAAAACUCAGUCAUCUCUGCGGGGAACCGGAAAUCGGAUGACAUUCCAAGCAAUCUAUCCUUUAAUCUAUUGGCUCAUUUCCACUGAUUCGCCUGAUUCGUGUGAUGGCGACGCUGUGAAGGGAAAAGUUCGUGGCCAGAGCUUGUCGGAUACCUGGCGGAUGAUGCCGCGGCGAUAAUCGAGGACCAGAACCCUCUUGUUAAUGUUAUCAUCGUUAGGGAAGGGACGCCCGUCACCAAGGACUACCGGUGUAACAGGGUAAGGCUUUGGGUGAACGAGCAUGACAGAAUUGUUCGGGUUCCUCGAAUCGGUUAG